AAAAGCCAGUGGUAACAAAGCAAACAAACAACUCCCAUCACACGGAACCAAACCAUCUAAAGACCCAUGGAAAACACCAAAGGAUGGCUGCAAAGGAAGGUAGAAACCUCCCCAGAAUGGAAAAUGUGACCCUCUCCCAGUUCUUGUGGCACCCUACACGUUGGCUCUGGAUCCUCAAACGGCUGGGAAACAGGGAGAAGGUACAUGAGCUCCGUGGAAAAAACCUCCUUCUUCAGACUGUACUGGCGCUCGCACUUGUUACAGCAACUGAUAAAAACAACUAAUCACCGAAUGAAAACACAAGCCGUAGUACGUCCAUCUGCACCAGCCAGGAAAACCCAGCCGCCAUCCGUGAAGCCAGCACAAUGCAGCCAGCUCUGUAUGCAGCAGAUGUGGCUGACAUCGGUCCCCAUCACAUCUGGUGUGCUCAUCGGCUGAACAAAAAUCCUGCCCUUUUGUGUGGGUUACACUUGGCUACAGAACAGCUUGGCGCUGAAGUAUAAAGAACUCCCAAUAUUACAUAUGAAUAUCCAAAGAGAUUUAUUGUUGUCCAAUUGCCAAAAAACGGCCACAAGUGUAAACUCCUUGUGUAUAUGAAUAUCCACCCUCACGGAAGGAAAACACAUCCACUGCAAUGCAGCAUCCUCAGUUUUUUGGGGACUCAAACUGUAACUACAGGGGCUGAGAAAGGAUCAGGCCAAGUACCUUAUUCCGUGCAGGCCUGUCUGGCUCUGUGCGAGCGGCACAAGGCGAGCCCGUCAGGCCGAGCGGCGCAGCGCCGGCAGCCGCGGCCCCUCAGGGCGGCUCGGGGCGGCAGUUCCGGGAGCACCGCGGGCCCCGCGCGUCACGUGACGCAGCCGGCUGCGGCCCGCCCCCCGUGGAACGGAGCAAAGGACUAUGGCACAGGCUCAGGGUUUGGGGAGGAGAUACAUUAAAGCCUUUUUUAAAGGUUUCUUUGUUGCCGUUCCUGUAACUGUGACUUUUCUGGAUAGAGUUGCCUGUGUCGCGAGGGUGGAAGGAGCAUCAAUGCAGCCUUCUUUGAAUCCUGGGGGAAGACAAGCAUCUGAUGUAGUACUCUUGAACCACUGGAGCAUUAGAAAUUAUGAUGUACAACGUGGGGACAUUGUGUCACUGGUGUCUCCGUACCAAGUCAUCUGUCUUCUGGCAGAGUUCAUCCUGGAUAAAUAUAGAAGUAAAACAAGUUGGAAAGGAAAGAAAUUCUCCCUCUAGUGAAUCUGGGUCUCUGAUUUCAGAGAUUUCUCAAUUUCUCUCUUGGAAUUUUCUUUGAUAUUUCUUAAAUUACAGA